AUGUGUGACCGACGGAUCGGCAGCACUGGUGAGGCCAUCCGCACCGCCGUCGCAGCGGGGUACCGCUCACUGAGCGAGGUGGGGGUGAGCUCAGUGAUUGUGGACGCGUGCGGUGACGCAGAGGCGGCCGCUGAAGGUGCGGUGCUUGCGUCCUUCCUCUACCAGACCUUCAAGACCGAGAAGAAAGACCGGCCUGAUAUUGUGCCCCACACGGAGACCGAUCGCGACGCGUGGAAGCGCGGCGUAGCGCUGGCGGAGGCUCAGAAUCUCGCACGGGAGCUCAUGGAGACGCCGGCUAACCAUCUCACGCCCACCAUUUUCGCUCAGAGAGCCAAGGAUGUUCUGGAGCCCCUGGGCGUCAGCGUGACGCCUCACGACGCGACGUGGGCCCAGGAGCGCAGGAUGGGCGCCUUCCUGUCGGUGACGCGAGGCAGCGCUGAACCGCCCGUCUUUUUAGAGCUGAGCUACGACGGCGCUGAACAGGGACAACAGCACCUUGCUCUUGUGGGCAAAGGCGUGACGUUCGACGCAGGGGGCAUCUCCCUGAAGCCGUCCAAAGGCAUGGAGGCGAUGCGUGCUGACAUGGGCGGCGCUGCGUGCGUCGUGGGGGCGCUGCACGCAAUAGCGACUCUCAAGCUUCCACUUAAUGUUAAAGCCUACAUCCCGCUGUGCGAGAACUUGCCCAGCGGGACGGCCACUAAGCCUGGUGACGUCAUCACCGCCGCUAACGGCAAGACAAUCCAGGUUGACAACACAGACGCCGAGGGUCGCCUGAUACUCGCAGACGCCCUCCACUUCGCCUGCCUCGACAAGCCGCGAGCUCUCGUGGACAUGGCCACGCUCACCGGAGCGAUGAGUGUGGCGUUAGGUGGCGGUGCUGCAGGAGCCUUCAGUUCUUCCGACGAACUGUGGCAUGCCAUGCAAGCCGCCGGUAUGACGACUGGUGACCGUGUGUGGCGCAUGCCACUGUGGCAGGUCUACAGCAAGCAGGUUACAGAGCACGGUAUGGCUGAUGUACAUAAUUUGGGCAAGUACGAAAGGGAAGCCGGCUCCUGUACUGCAGCUUCCUUCUUGCAGCAAUUCGUGACGUGCGAGCACUGGAUGCAUCUUGACAUCGCUGGCGUGAUGGAGAACAGAGACGAGGUGCCGUACCUCAGCAAGGGAAUGUCUGGCCGCCCCACGCGCACCAUCGUCCAAUUUGCGCACCUCAUCGCUAGCGGCCAAACUCAGCUCUAGCGCCGCCAAGUACGGCGCCGGCACAACCGCGAGAAAUCGAGGGGUGUGAUGGGGAUAAUUCCGAUUUCUUUCAUGCUCGGGGAGGAAGAAUAAUCGAUUUAGAGUAGCGUUCUUUAAAGAAUUUCUGUUAAGGUUAGCAAAAUGGUUGAGAAAUUUCGAGUUUUUAGUAAUGUGGUGUUUAUUAGUGUUUAUAAUAGCAAACUGAGCCUCAUGGAUAAGGACUCCAUUCUCCUCAAGCUCCACCAGUGUAUGGUGAGGUAUACUUACAUUUCGAUUCUUUCAUAUUUUCUGGUAUUAUAUCGUUUACGAGUUAUGCAAAUGAUUUAUUUGGAGCGCUUAUUUGUCAUGUGAUGAGAAUUUAUUCCGAAAUGUAUGUGUAAUUUUCAUUCAACCAAGGCUUUCAAUCCUUCAAUCUAACAAAAACUUGAACUGAAUAAAAAAUGAAUGAAUAAAAAGAAUGGAUACAA